CAGUGGCGGAAGGAGCAUGGCGUGGAGGCAGCUCAAAAAGCGGGCCCAGGAUGCCAUGGUGAUCCUGGGGGGCGGAGGACUCCUCUUCGCCUCCUAUCUGACAGCCAUGGGGGAUGAACGUUUCUACGCGGACCACUUGAUGCCGGCUCUGCAGGGGCUGCUGGACCCCGAGGCAGCCCACAGGCUGGCUGUUCACAUCACCUCCCUGGGGCUCCUUCCUCGUGCCACGUUUCAAGACUCUGACAUGCUGGAAGUGAGAGUCCUGGGCCAUAAAUUCCGAAAUCCAGUAGGAAUCGCUGCAGGAUUUGACAAGCAUGGGGAAGCUGUGGAUGGACUUUACAAGAUGGGCUUUGGUUUUGUUGAGAUAGGCAGUGUUACCCCAAAACCUCAGGAAGGAAACCCCAGACCUAGGGUCUUCCGCCUCCCUGAGGACCAAGCCGUCAUCAACAGAUACGGAUUCAACAGUCAUGGACUCUCAGUGGUGGAACACAGGUUACGGGCCAGACAGCAGACGCAGGCCAGGCUCACAGAAGAUGGGCUGCCACUGGGAAUAAACCUGGGGAAGAAUAAGACCUCGGUGGACGCUGCCUCGGACUACGCAGAGGGGGUCCGAGUCCUGGGCCCCUUGGCUGACUACCUGGUAGUGAAUGUGUCCAGUCCCAACACGGCUGGGCUGAGGAGCCUUCAGGGAAGGGCCGAGCUGCGCCGCCUGCUGACCAAGGUGCUGCAGGAGAGGGAUGCCCUGGAGGUAGCGCGCAAGCCAGCCGUGCUGGUGAAGAUCGCUCCUGACCUCACGGCCCAGGACAAGGAGGAUAUUGCCAGUGUGGUGAGAGAGUUGGGCAUCGAUGGACUGAUUGUCACGAACACCACAGUGAGUCGUCCUGCCAGCCUCCAGGGGGCGCUGCGCUCCGAAAUGGGAGGGCUGAGCGGGAAGCCCCUCCGAGAUUUAUCAACGCAAACCAUCAGGGAGAUGUAUGCACUCACCCAAGGGAGCAGGGUUUUACCAGAGUCACGGAUGCCAUUGGAGCAGAUCAUCGGAGGUGAGGCUGGGUCGGUGGGAAGCCUGAUCUGGAACCGACCCGCUAAAUCAAGCGAGCCUCUGUGGCCGAUGGAGAGAGGAGACCACAUCCCCACACCACAGGGGCCCCUCCUCCGGCUGGACUGUAAAAGCCAGGCAUGAGGGUCACCAGAAGCAAUGCCAGGCUUUGUUCAAUCACUUGUCGGACAGGAACUGCAUCCAUGAUUCUUUCUAUAUUCAAAUCCCAGGAUCCUUUAAUAUUACAAGGACAUUAGCCAUUUGGAGGGAAAAUCAUGGUAAAAUAAAGUCAUUUAAAAACUG